AUGCCUUCCCAGACUUCUACUCUUUACUUCCUCACCCUGGCCCUCGCCGCCACAACCUCAGCCAUCGCUAUUCCAGCUAAGGCCUCUCCCCUCACUACUGUCAUGACUCCCACAACAACCAUCAGCUCAGUCGUGACAAGCUACUCUCCCAUACCAACCAAAAUCACGGGCUGGAAAUGGGUGGCCGACUUGUCUGACUACAUCAAGUUGACAAUCAAGGAGAAGGAAGACGGUUACGACAUCAAAGAAGACGAGAACGCCUCUGUUACAGUACCCACCAUCACCGAGACUUUCAGCACGGUGACUCCUUCAGCUCUCAGCAGUGCCGCCAUCGUCGCCCCCACACUCACUCUCACUCACGAGACCUCAGCCAAGGCCGUCCCAACAGAGGAUGCCAUGGCCUGGAACUGGGCCCUCCCCGCUCUCCAGCUCAUUGAAGCCCGCGAGCUCGGAGACUCCACCACCUUUGCCAACCGCCGCACAGGUUCUGGAACCGACAAGGCGGACAAGUCCUACGUCAUAGAGGACAAGAAGAAGGAGGAAGAACGCAAACUCCGCCUCGAUGAGGCCGCAAAGGAGAUCAUCGGACAAAUGAAUCCCCCUUCCCUGCCCCUGCAGACCGACAGCCCCGACAAAGUCGAACCUUCCAAGAAAAAGGCCGAUUUCACCAUCCUCACCGAGACCCGUCUCUUCAAGACCAUGGCAACCCCGGCUAUCAAGGCUCGGGCUUCCACCACCACCGUGACCAUGGAGUCUAAGCCUACGCCCACCAAGAAGGCCAAAGCCGACUUCACGAUUCAGACGGAUACGAGGCUGUACUCAACCGUCACAACUCCGACGGCAACGGCUCAGGGGCCUAAAGCCACAAUCACGAUGGAGGGUUAAGCCUAUUCGGUAGAUCGUGAGAGGGAAGGGAGCAUCAUUAAGACCACAAGUGGUCGGUCGUCCCCGAGAGGUAUUCUUCUCGGUAUACUAGGGUAGAAAUACAAAGGGA